AUGAGCCGAUUACUUUUUAUUAUCAUUCCAACCAUCAUCACACUCGGACACUCGAUCCGUCCGCCCAUUAUAGAGGGAACGGAAGCGAAUCUACACGAGUUCCCGUAUCAGGUUUCUUUACAGUGGAACUUUAACAAUGGUUCCCGUCCAAAGCAUUUCUGCUCCGGUUCGAUCCUGAACCGUGAAUGGAUUCUAACGGCAGCUCACUGUAUGGAGGAUCUCGCCCCUGACGGAUGGUUCGAAAUCGUCGCCGGUGUGAACAACAUCGCCCAAGAAGAAUCCGGAGCACAGAGACGAAAUGUGACGCGGUUCGUUAAGCAUCCGUCGUACAAUGAAGUUACGGUUAAAAAUGAUAUCGCAGUGAUUUUCCUCUCGGAACCUUUGCACUUGAACCGCAACAUUAGAACAAUGAGACUGGCAACGAGCGACACAGUUAUCUUGCAGACGCACGCAAAGUUUGCCGGUUGGGGUUCGAUUUCUAAAACCAUGGUCGACAUUUAUCCAGAUCAGCUGAUGAAAGUUACGAUGCCUCUUCGCACGCUGGAAGAAUGUGAAUGGAAUGGGAGAAUCGAUAGGAGUCAGGUUUGUGCCGGUGGAUUUCGGAAUGUUUCCGCGUGUACUGCGGAUUCGGGCGGCCCACUAACGGUAACCAUGGACGGUGAGGAGGUUCAGAUUGGCGUCGCUUCUUUCGGCGAAAAACCGUGCCUGGCGACGUACCCGAUCGUAUUUACGAGUGUUGUACACUUUUACGAAUGGAUACAAAGUGCGAUCGUAGAUAAUUGAAUAAAAAA